UUAAAAUCAUGUAUACUUUAUAAAAAUAUAUUAUUCUAACACAAUUUUAGUUUUCUAAUCAAAAUUUUUAAAAGUUUAACAGAUGAACUAAUUCUAUUUUUCUUUUUAAUAUAGAAAAAUGGAGCAAAUCGUUGAGCAACCAAUGGUGGAAUCCGAUAACGAAUCGCAGAUUUCCGAAGCCGUAGACCAGAAUACAAAGAAAUCUACAUCUAAAAGUGGAGAUUUAUUUGUUCGUGACCUUCAGUAACCUAGCCUGCUUAUAUCCUCAUCACAAAAAUGUCUAAAAGACCUUUGUUCAAGAGAUGAGUCAAUGGAAAUUGAUUUUCACCGUGAAAGUAGCAGAAAAAAGCAACGUCUUGAAGCUUGUCACAGUGGUAACGUUUUUGUAGAACUUAAGAGUGCUUUUAGAGGAAUUUUGAAAACUUACUACCUCAAAAACGGAUGCGAUGAGGUAAAAGACAUUGCUUUGUUUUUAGAAUCACAUAAAGUAAAACUUAUAGAAUUGGUAAAUCAACAGUUAAGUGUUAAUGGUGCAGUGAAAUUUAAUCUUGUGUUUGAAUGUACGUAUAUUAAACCACUUAGUGAAGAAACUCAGGGAAGAGCCUUUAAGACUAAGAAUAAAAAGAUUUUGUAUGACUCUUCAAUUGAUUCAAUAGUUAAAAGAAUGUACAGAAAGAUUUCUCAAGAAGAAAGCGAGUAUCUUGACAAAGGAAGUGGUUGGACACUGUAUAAAAUAGAUGGUAUUCUCGUAAGAUUUAGUAGGUACAGACCUCUCAGAGGUAGUACGUAUAUUCCACUACCUCAAAUCAUUGAAAAUAAAAAAGCAGUAAUAAAUCCAAAAAAUUUACAUGAUAAUCAGUGUUUUAAGUGGGCCAUCAUUUCUCGAUAUGUAAAAGGUUCUCACCGAGAACGUGUAAAUAACCGAUAUCUCAACUUACAGAAUAAAUUCAAUUUUGAAGGAAUAAGUUUUCCCACACCACUUAAUCAAGUAAAAAAAUUUGAAAAGAAUAAUCCCAAUGUAAGUGUUAAUGUUUAUAGUUUCAACGAAAGUGAGGAUGUUUAUCCAUUGAAGGUAUGUGACAAGGAGCUUAAGGAACAUUUCGAUCUGCUUCUCUUCACAAACAAUAUAGGUAUAAGUCAUUACUGUUAUAUAACUAAUUUUUCUAGAUUAGUUAGGUCUCAGAUAACUAGUCAUGAAACACAAGCUUCUUUCUGUAAGAGAUGUUUUAAACACUUUCAGGGAUCUAAUUCUAAAACACAGUUAAAGAAUCAUAUAAAAGAUUGUAUUUCACAUAAACCUAUUAAAGUUAUUAUGCCUGUUGACAGUGAUGAUUCAAACGAACCGUUGUUUUUAUCUUUUUCAAAUUUUCAUUACAAAUACCCAGUACCUAUUGUAGCUUAUUGCGAUUUUGAAUCUAUUCUAAAAAAGCCUUUAGCUGAAGAAAAGUUGUCUCAACAUGUAACUGUAAAAUCUAUUCACGAGCCAAUGAGCUUUUGUGUGUAUUUUGCUUACGAUAAAGACAGUCUACCUGAUGAAAUAUUAAAUAGCUUACCGAAUGAACCAUAUUUGUAUAGAGGACCUAAUGCCUCGGCUAAAUUUGUAGAAUAUAUAGUAAGCAUGGCAAACCUAAUUGGUGAUUUAUUAGAUGUAAACAAAUCAAUGCUACCUCUUACUCAGGAAGAAAAAGAAAGAGUUAAGUCAACCACUCGUUGUGAAUGCUGCAAUUCGGAGUUUACUGAAACUUUCAACCAACCUUGUAAAGAUCACUGUCAUUUGUCAGGACGUUUUAGAUCAGUUUUGUGUUAUGCUUGUAACUUAAAGCGACAAAAUCAAAAGUUUCUUCCUGUAGUAAUUCACGGAAGUUCAAAUUACGAUAGUCAUUUUAUAUAA